UGCUGCUAAAAACAGCUCGGGCACCUCCUCUGAACCUGGGCCUGAAACAAUGUCUUCCACCGAAAAAACCAUAAAGGACACUUGAUCAACCCAAUCCUUGGAAUUAUUUCCAGGAAACACUUGCAGAAGCCAUCGGAGCACGCUUUCCCUGGCGGUGCACAGGGGGACGGCCGGGAGAUGAGCGCAUCUUUGAAUUACAAGUCUUUUUCCAAAGAACAGCAGACCAUGGAUAACUUGGAGAAACAACUCAUCUGUCCGAUCUGUUUAGAGAUGUUCACGAAGCCUGUGGUUAUUCUCCCCUGUCAGCAUAACCUGUGUAGGAAAUGUGCCAGUGAUAUUUUCCAGGCCUCUAACCCGUAUUUGCCCACAAGAGGAGGUACGACCGUGGCAUCAGGGGGCCGAUUUCGCUGCCCAUCUUGUAGACAUGAAGUGGUUCUGGACAGACAUGGGAUAUAUGGCCUUCAGAGGAACCUGCUGGUGGAAAAUAUCAUUGACAUCUACAAGCAGGAGUCCACCAGACCAGAAAAGAAGUCCGACCAGCCCAUGUGUGAGGAGCAUGAGGAGGAACGCAUCAACAUCUACUGUCUGAACUGUGAGGUGCCCACCUGCUCUCUGUGCAAGGUCUUCGGAGCACACAAGGAUUGCCAGGUGGCACCCCUAACUCACGUGUUCCAGAGGCAGAAGUCUGAGCUCAGUGAUGGCAUCGCUGUCCUCGUGGGAAGCAAUGACCGAGUCCAGGGAGUGAUCAGUCAGCUGGAGGACACCUGUAAAACUAUUGAGGAAUGCUGCAGAAAACAGAAACAGGAACUCUGUGAAAAGUUUGAUUACCUGUAUGGCAUCCUGGAGGAGAGGAAAAAUGAAAUGACCCAAGUCAUUACACGAACCCAAGAGGAGAAACUGGAACAUGUCCGUGCUCUGAUCAAAAAGUAUUCUGAUCAUUUGGAAAAUGUGUCAAAGUUGGUUGAAUCAGGAAUUCAGUUCAUGGAUGAGCCAGAAAUGGCAGUGUUUCUGCAGAAUGCCAAAACCCUGUUACAAAAAAUUUCUGAAGCAUCGAAGGCAUUUCAGAUGGAGAAAAUAGAACAUGGUUAUGAGAACAUGAACCACUUCACAGUCAACCUCAAUAGAGAAGAAAAAAUCAUCCGCGAAAUUGAUUUUUACAGAGAAGAUGAAGAUGAAGAAGAAGAAGGAGAAGAAGAAGGAGAAGGAGCGGAAGGAGAAGGGGAAGAAGCAGAAGUGGAAGAGGUAGAAAAUGCUCGAACAGAGUCAUCAGGAGAAGAGGAAAGUCCAGAGAAAGCCUUGGAGCCCUCUCAGCUGGCCUCAGAGGUCCAGGCUGCCACAGGAGCACUUCCAGUUUUCUCCCCAGAGCCACCUCCAGCCCUGCCAGCCACUGCAGAUGUCCCAGUGACACAGGGGGAGGUUGUGCCCACUGGCUCUCAGCAGACCACAGAGUCUGAAACUCCAGUCCCUGCAGCAACGGACCCUGCGGAUCCCUUGUUUUACCCUAGUUGGUACAAAGGCCAAACCCGGAAAGCCACCACCAACCCACCUUCCACCUCAGGGAGCGAAAGUCUGGGACACAUAGGGCCUCCUGGUUCUGAGGAUUCGAAUGUGCAGAAGGCAGAAGUGGCAGAAGCUGCAGCCAGUGAGAGGGCAGCAGUGAGUGGUAAGGAAACUAGUUCACCUGCAGCUACUUCUCAGGAGUUAGUAAUCUGCCUAGCACUUUUGGCUUUUCUUAUACUUCACUACAUCUGGCGUCAGAUUCAGUGCUUGGUUUUAACUUUAAUGGGUAGGAAAUAUUUUCUUUUCCCUUCACUAACACCUCAUGCAGUUUCUUACAUAAUGUUCCUACUCUAUAGGCUCAGAGAUCAAUUUCUCCCCAACUUUGAGGCUCAGCCAUCGAAAAAGAUUGAAAUUCUAGAUAAUAUUCAUGGCUUUAAGCUCCCUACAAUGCAAUCACCUCAAGGUGCCUUCCUGAGGAGAAUUGCUCCAUUAUCUAAUCCUGCAUGGAGGGGAAUCCUGACUCAGAGGGCAAUUAUUCAGUAAUCCACUAAGAACGGAUCCUCCAGAAUGGCCACGAGUGGAGGCCAGUUUCAAAAGUGUAGUGAGGAUUCACUGCUCUUAAAGUACAGGGAGGAUGAGUUUAGGAAUAUAUACGGUUUCCAUAGAUUAAGAAGCUACAUUUCAUACACUUACACCAGAGGCACCCAGGAUGGGGCUGGAUGACCCUUGCCAAAGAUACUCGGGCAAUCCUUGCACUGGUGGGCAGGUGGUCCGGGGGACUUCUCAGUCCUUUUUGAAUCCUCAGAGUUUAUGGUCUUUCCUGAGAGAGGAGAUCUCUGACAGAAAGAUACCCUGGGUGCAGCACCAUCAGGAGGAUCUCAGCCAGGUGAGAUCUGAAUGAAUAAAAAGCAAGAAGAUCAACAUUCAUCCACCAGACAUAAAGAAUGAGAACCAAAGAAAAGUCAUAAAGCCAAAACCUUUCCUUUUCCUAGCCAAGUCUUUUCUUAAUGACUAUUGUAAGAUUUGCAUGGGAACUGACAUCUUACUCCUUUAACAGCCUUUGUGAGAUUAUCAGUUUAAAAAUAUUUAAAGAUUCAAGCCUCAUGUUCUUUUGAGUAAAUGACACUGUUGGACCUGAGGCCCAGCUCCUUGUGCCUGUAGCUCAGAAUCAAUUUAGGGUGACUGGUGCUGAAAGGCCUCAGCUAUUUCUGGCUCAUUGACUUUUUCCUGGGGUGACAUUGACUCUUCUGGAAGCUCCCAUCAUAGUUCCUUUCUGCCUCAUUAGCUGUCUGUUCAGCAAUGAUGGUAGGAUCACCAUGGGUCCCUGUCAUGUCUGAAACUAUGGGUGACUAGGAUCUGCCCCCGGUGUCUAAUAGUGAGCCAGAAACCUGUGUACCCUAGAGUGUUCCUAGCAUCCUUACAGUCUGCUUAUUAUUUGUGGUGAAGAGCAGUGGGUAGAAGCGUUGGCCAUGGACUCAAUGGGGCAAAUGAGGGAGAGAGAAAACACCAUAUUUUACGGGAAUAUCCUGAAUCACUGUGGAUCUGAAUAAUUGUCUGAAGAGUUCAGUUUAUAUUCUGAGAAUUCAGGUUUGGGGUUUUGUUGCCAUAUAUUCUUGUAAUGCUUCUCUGAGGCUGCAGGGGGAAGAGUCAUGCUUCUUGCCUGCCAUCCACUGAGCCCAUGUCAUGUACCCUGACAUUCACAUGCCUGUCUGCUGAGAUGAGGGUGAGACAGUUGGGAGUGCCCUGGAGUAGGGUGAUUGGCAUUCACCAUUGCAAAGAAUAUGGACAGAUCAAUAGAGACCUCACCCGAGUAUCAGAUUCCUGGCCCCUGAGGAUUUUUGCAGGCCUGCUUCAUUUUCACCACUUCAGAACCCGACUCACUAAAUUAAUAUUUGUCCAAUGCAAGGUUAGCUUAUGGGAAUUCCAUGCUUUAUUAUUAGCCUUUCCGUGGACACUGAGGAUGUGACACAAAAGUUCUCCUCGAUUCCCCGGUGGUCUUACCUCUCUCUACUAUGUGUCAGGGAAUAAGGUUGCCUGAGAAUCUCAAGCAUUUCAGGCUCACCGACUGAUCCAUAAACUCACGUCACUCCCUUUCAGGCUUUUAAGAAGGCAAAUGUUCUGUUUCCGAGUGCCUUCUUCGCAUCCAUUCACACAGUGAAACCCGCCCUUGCCUUUGCUGCCUGUGAUUUCUGAUACCAUACAAUCUCCACUUUUUCCCGUACUUUCUCUCUUCACCCAAUUGCACAGGCAGAUUAUAUGUUAGAAACUGGUUGUGGCAAAAACCACAUAUCAGCAGUCUCCACCAGUGGCCACCUGGGAUUCAGAGGAACACUGUUGCCUCCCCCCACAACCCAUUCUUGAAAAAAAAAAUUUCUCAGCAAGGUUUGGAUUCAUCCCUGUGGCAACACUGAAUCCCACAGAACAGAGACUCUUCUGCAGGAGGCACUUUGAAUCCUGCAACAUUCUAUUCCACCCAGGAAACCCCGUGAAUGCCCCUGGACCUGAACUGGUCUUUAGCUGCAAAAUUGCCUUCUAAGUUUCCACCUUUCUAGGCCGUAACUGUUGUAUGUUCAGUCAAUGCAAAGAGAGUUUGGAUGAAAUAACAUUUGAUCCACCUCAGGUAUUAAGGUUUACAUUUAUUUUGAAAAAGUGACAUCACACCCUAGUCAAUCUUAGAGGACAGGGCAGUAAUAAGGUGGGAAAGAGGCGGGUCAGCUGCCCUUGGAAAACAGUCUCUGUGAGCCUCAUCUCCUGGGCAUGCCUUGUUGUGGCCAGUUCCAAGUCCAGUCUGCUUCCCUCCUUUGCCCUUCCUCUUCUCAUACAACUUACAUGCAAAUUACACCUGAGUGUUAAGACAAGGACCAUUCCCACAACCUACACUCAUGGACAACUGAGUAUUUUAUUGGGAAUAUAUGUGGCAGUUAGAUUUUUCCAAAGUGGGACCAGCAACAAUGAAAGACCCUCCCUGUUUCCCUUCCUCCCUCCCUACAGAGGUUUAGUGGCCUUGUGUGGAAGGAUUUGUCCAAAGUGUUUAAAGGAAGCUGUUCAGGGAACAGGGAUUUCCAGAGAAAUGUCUUCCUGUUGGGUGGAUUAAGUUGGCUGCUGUUCUGGCUGAUACUUGAGCUGGACCAUGCUGGCUGCCUCAAGGUCAGAGGAACUCCCAUUGCCCGCCCCCCCCCCCGCCCCCACACACACCCCAAUGAGAGUCAGUUGCUUUGGAAAUAGGGACUUUGACAUUGAUCAUUGACUAUGAUCUCCGCAAAUUUCUGCCUCUAUAAGAACUCCAUCUCACAUAUUUCACCAGAGUAUGAAGCUACGGUUAUAAGAGAACCUAGAAGCUUUACCAUAUCAUAGCCAUUUGUUGAAGAAUAGAAUAGCUACUCUUCACAUUCCAUUCUUCAAGUCUGAAUAUAGACAAACAGGUUGGGUAGGAAUUCUGUCUUAGGCACUGGAAGGAUCUAUGAAAUUAAUAAAAAGGACUUAGUUCCUGUCCUCCCACUUCUCUGCACCAACUCUGGGCAUUUAUUUUCUUUGAGCCUCAGUUUUCUCACAGGGAAGAUGAAGUAGCUACAAAAAAAAAAAA